AGUUCCUAAAUCAUAACUACAAAAACUUUUCCUUCUUCUUCCUCAACCUUUGCUUCAAUCUUCAACAACUUUCUUUUUAUAAAGAUUUUGCAAGUUAAGUGUAAACCUACAAAAACCAAACAUGGUGGUUUUGCCACAGCCAGUCACUUUAGAUAACCACAUCUCCCUAAUCCCCACAUACAAACCGGUUCCGGUUCUCACUUCCCAUUCAAUCCCCGUCGUCAACCUAGCCGAUCCGGAAGCGAAAACCCGAAUCGUAAAAGCCUGCGAGGAGUUCGGGUUCUUCAAGGUCGUAAACCACGGAGUCCGACCCGAACUCAUGACUCGGUUAGAGCAGGAGGCUAUUGGCUUCUUCGGCUUGCCUCAGUCUCUUAAAAACCGGGCCGGUCCACCUGAACCGUACGGUUAUGGUAAUAAACGGAUUGGACCAAACGGUGACGUUGGUUGGAUUGAGUAUCUCCUCCUCAAUGCUAAUCCUCAGCUCUCCUCUCCUAAAACCUCCGCCGUUUUCCGUCAAACCCCUCAAAUUUUCCGUGAGUCGGUGGAGGAGUACAUGAAGGAGAUUAAGGAAGUGUCGUACAAGGUGUUGGAGAUGGUUGCCGAAGAACUAGGGAUAGAGCCAAGGGACACUCUGAGUAAAAUGCUGAGAGAUGAGAAGAGUGACUCGUGCCUGAGACUAAACCAUUAUCCGGCGGCGGAGGAAGAGGCGGAGAAGAUGGUGAAGGUGGGGUUUGGGGAACACACAGACCCACAGAUAAUCUCAGUGCUAAGAUCUAAUAACACGGCGGGUCUUCAAAUCUGUGUGAAAGAUGGAAGUUGGGUCGCUGUCCCUCCUGAUCACUCUUCUUUCUUCAUUAAUGUUGGAGAUGCUCUUCAGGUCCCUUUUCCUCUCUUUUUUCUUUUUUUUUAUAUAUAUUUAAAAAUCUAAAAUUAGUUUGAUAAUUUUAUGUAUUUAAGAUUUGAUGUUUGUGUUUGUGACAUUCUCUGCGGUUUGUUUGGUUGGUCAAAUUCAAAACUAGAAAAACCGUAUAUACUUUUUUUAUCUUAAGAUAAAGUUAUUAAAUUAGGUAAGUGAUUUUUUUCUUUGGUUGCUAAAUUGGGAUAUUCAAGAGAGUGACUGAGAUCGGUGUGGAGGGUCGACAAAAAUUCUCACAUGCGAUUUCUUCUCGUCUCUUCUCUUUUUCCAUUUUUAUAAAAAGAGAAUGGGUUUUAAAGUUCCUUUUUCUUGUGUGUACGUCUAGAAAAUCUAUGUAGACACUGAGACUCACGUGACAAUUACUAUUACACUAUGGACAUGUACGCAGUACUACUAUUCUUUUAUAAGUGACAUUUCAAAAACAGACCAAAAAAGUAUUAGAGAAUGUCUUUUAUCUUAAUUUUGACUCCUACAAGAUUUUCAAAGGCUAAUAAGACGCAUGUAUUAACAAUAUAUACCCGGUGAUUACAGGUUAUGACUAACGGGAGGUUCAAGAGUGUUAAACACAGGGUCUUAGCCGAUACAAGGAGAUCGAGGAUUUCAAUGAUAUAUUUCGGCGGACCGCCAUUGAGCCAGAAGAUCGCACCAUUGCCAUGCCUUGUCCCUGAGCAAGAUGAUUGGCUUUACAAAGAAUUCACUUGGUCUCAAUACAAAUCUUCUGCUUACAAGUCUAAGCUUGGUGAUUAUAGACUUGGUCUCUUUGAGAAACAACCUCUUCUCAAUCAUAAAACCCUUGUAUGAGAGUAGUCAUGAUGAUCUUUAUCAUCCUUUGUACGAUAGAAAGUCAUAAUCACAAAAAGAAGGAAAUGGAUAGUGUUUUGGAUUAGCUUUUUUAUGUUUGGUAUGUUUUUCAUUAGGUACAAAAGCUUUAGGCUUUGCUUAGAGUUUGACCCAACCAAACCUAACUUUUGUAUCUUCUCGUCUUCUUCUUCUUUUUGCCAUAAUUUGUUUAUCUUUCUUGUAACAAUUAGCUAGUGUUUAUUUUCUCUUUAUGUUUCAUUUAACAGUUAAUUUUUUUACUUUUUUUUGCCAUUUCCC